AUGGAACACCCGGCUCAAGCGCUCACACUGGCGCCUCAGUCCCACCCACAACUGGAAGAUACAUUUACCCCUGAUGAUCGGACUUACGUUGAGACCCCUCUCUGGCCCCUACGAGACCGACAAGAGGCAUUCCUCUACAAGUACUUCGUGGAAAGCCUUGCUCCGCUGUUCGACAUGUGCGAUAGCGACAAGCACUUUGCCAAAGUUGUUCCGAAGAGGGCGGUCUACUGUCCCACGUUACUGAACGCGAUGUUCGCUGCAUCUGCAAAGCGGCUGAGCAGGACAAUGGGCGUUGAUGGAGUCAUUGCAGAUCGAUACCACCAAAGAUGCCUCCGAUCGCUCAUACCGGCACUGUCGUCCUCGACCGCUGUAGUCGACGACAACCUCCUGGCGGCGGUCGUCAUCCUCCGCUUUACCGAAGAAGUCGACCCUGGAUCUAUGAACCUCGAGUCGCAUCUGAUGGGCACGCGGAUCCUGUUGGCCGCCCAGGAGAAUGCUGCUGAAUUCAGCAGCUUGCGACUCUCUGCGUUUUGGCUUGCACUGAGGCAGGAGAUAUACAUGGCCUUUGUGCACAACCGAGCCGUCCACCCCAACUUCUUCCCCAGCAUCAGAAAGCUACUGGAACUGGGCGAACGGGACGAGAACGCCGUGGAUUGCUCCUAUGCCAACCGAGUCAUUGCCAUCUGUGCCACAUGCCUCACUCACUGCUAUGGCCGAGAGAGUCAUCACAGAAGAAGCUACAUGCGGCUCAAGGACGACCUUGAUGCUUGGUGGAAGGGGAAGCCGUGGUAUUUCGAGGCAAUGUGGACAAAUCCGGAGACCAAGUUCCUUCCGGAAGAACAGUACAUCACUGACGCCGUCGUCACCGGCUUGCAGAACUACCACCUGUCUCGGAUGCUGUUAAUUGUCCACAACCCGAAGGCCCCAAGAUUCGGCGCUCCCUUCAGGGCGAUGGAAGGGGAACUAAAGCUAGCCGUUCGAACAGUUUGUGGUCUUGCAGAGGUAAGCUACUAG